AUGGCGCUGGUUGUCAUGGCGACGAGGACGGCCCAGGUGGGGGCGCAGUGCGGCCUGAUCCAGUGCCGCCCGGUGAACGACAGAAUUGAAGUGGAGAGCUGCGGCAUCAGGGAGAAGGUGGUCACCACCAUCUGUGCCGGGAACUGCUACCACCAGGACCCGGUGUAUGAGGAUUACCUGAACGUCCCGAAGCAGAACGUGUGCGUGGGGGACUGGCGCUACGAGACGCACGUGAUCGAGGGCUGCCCGGUGCCCGUCACCUUCCCGCGGGCACACAGCUGCUCCUGCGGGCACUGCGCCUCCCAGUACGUGGACUGUGAGAGCUUCAGCCAAAACCUGCCCGCCUGCCUGCCCUACACCAAUUAG